GAACGCAACGAGCCAGCCUGCUGUCUCGCCAUGAAUUUGCCCGUUUUAUUGCUAACAGCACUUCCCAUGUGCAUAGCACAAUUCACAAUACAGGGAUCCACUGAUGGGGAUCGAGUUUCCCAGGGUUUAAGAGUAGACGACGAGAGAGGACUGGAGUACAUAGGAGGACAAAGUGGGCAGGGUGGCUCCUCUAUUCAAGGUGCCACCGACGGUCAUUCGAAUUAUCAGAUUCAGGGUGCCUCGAAUGCCGGCGGACAAAGAUAUUUACAGUCAGCUGAACCUGAGACGUUUAAUAUUCAGGGACCCUCGGAUAGUUUCGGUACGUCAGGGUACAUUUCAGGCGUUCACGACACUGUACCAGGUGAACAGAAGUCUCUUUCGUACAGGGAUCCCAGCGGUUCGAGUGUCAGCUGGAAGUCCUUCGAUCGCAAGGUACCCCCAGAGCAACAACCGCAACAACAAUAUUCUGCUCCUCAGCCAGCACCCUAUAGGCCACGCGCACAAGCGAGGCCGCAACCGCAGCCACAACACCAACCACGUCGGCAACCACAAGCACCACAACAGCCUUUGAUACCAACAAGGCCGUUCGACAACGCUCCCUCGCACAUCAAGGAAAUCCUCCAAUAUCAACAGCAACUUCCGUACACGAACAUCGUUCCUGAACCCUACAGAUAUGACAACUUAAUAGCAGCAGCAGGAAAGCAGCAGCAACAGCAACAGCAGCAAGCUCUAUAUCAAAGCGACGAUCAAGAUCAACCUGAGCCACGACGUCCUAAUUAUCGCGGCAAAUAUAGACAAAGGCGACAGACGAAGCAACAACCACCAGUUGAACGUCCGAUUAGGUACAACAGUAAUCCGCCACCAGCCAGUAUCCAACAAGUACUGAAAUUCCAGUUUAAUACUCCAUACACCAAUGGAAUCCCUGAACCUUUCAGAUUCAACGCUGAGGCAGCUGCGCAGGAACAAUUGCAGCAGGUCCAGGCCCAUUACCGACAAUUAGCAGCGGAGGCAGCGCAUUCUAGGCAAAAAAGACAAGCGCAACAGUAUCAACAACAACAGCAAUAUCGUCAACCUCAACAGUAUCGUCAACCGCAACAACAACCACAGCCUCAACGACCACCACCAGAGCCGCAGCCUCAGUACAACCCCAAUGCUCCAGGCUACAUCCAAGAGGUGCUGAAGUUCCAAUCUCAGAUCCCUUACAAUAUCUUGCCCAAUCAGAUCUCCAUUCGUCCUGAGAAGCCGUACGUACCUCAGCCCGUUCAACCUGCAGCCGAGCCUCAAGUGCAGUACCAAGGCCAACGGGACCCGUAUCAAGGUCAAUCGAGUGCAUACAAUCAGGUGUACGGCGACCAGCCUCAGCUAUCUCAGUAUCAGCAAUCUGCUCCGGGACAGUCGCCGUUGCAACAGUACGGGAGCGGUAUUCGUCCUGUCACCGAAAACCAAUACUGAACGAUGAUUGAUGCAUGAAUUUUUUCUCUCCAUCGGACGUUCAUCUCGUUACCGAUCGAUAUACACGGGGCUGCGUGUAUCGAUAUUUUCAGAUCGUGUGUUAAAGAAAAUGAAAAAACAAAAGUAUAAUCGGAGAAAAAAAUCACUGCACAAUUUUGCUAGGUGAAAAGGAUUGUGUUGAAUAAGUAUCACAGCUGCGGAGGGUUAAUUAUUUAUCAAACAUGGAUGCGGCGUCGCAUUCAAUUCGUCGAAUAGAAGAUCAUUUUGUUGUUACUUCGUUACACGUAAAUUUAAUACUUUAUUAAAUAAACGAAUAGAAAUUAAAUGCUGGAGUUUGUUGAUUUUUGUAGGGUAGUAGUAGGAUUAAUGAGACUCGGAACCCCUUUUGGUUUGGAUGGCUUGGAUUUCUGGCUCGAAGGAAGAGUAUGGUAUU